AUGACCUCAGAAGUAAGAGAUGUCGAGAGUAAGCACGGAUCAAGUUCUAGGAAUGCUUCUACUGUUCUUGAAAAAACACCGAAGGGGAUUGUCUUGGGCAAGGAUGGGAAACCAUGUAGAGUUUGCACCACGUUCAGAGAUUGGACGAAACAGGAAAGGAAGAAACAGCAUGGCGUGACGGAAGCAGUGGGAACAUUCAGUGCGGCCGCGCUAAAUUCUGCUUCAACCUCGUCUAUACCACAAGCACCUCAGGAGUGUCCUCCAGACGUCGAGCAACUCGGCAGAGCCACAUGGACAUUCUUGCACACCAUGGCAGCUUAUUAUCCCGAAGUUCCUUCUUAUGAACAACAACGUUCCAUGAAAAGCUUUUUGACGACAUUUUCACAAUUUUAUCCGUGUGAUCCUUGCGCCGAACACUUUAGAGAUGAAAUGAGAAAGAAGCCACCUCGAGUCGAAAGUCGUUGGGCUUUAGGUAGAUGGAUAUGUGAAAUGCAUAAUUUAGUUAAUGAACAAUUGGGCAAGGAGAUCUUUGAUUGCGAUAAGAUUGACGAAAGAUGGAAAGACGGGCCAAAGGACAAAAGAUGCGAUUGA